CAUAGAGUGUAGCACAGUCCGGGGGAGACCUCUAUGGACUCCCCGACCACAGCAGCGGAUCGCGGGAGUCCGGGAAGCACCAAUGUUCUCUGCGCCUUUCUGUGCACGGUGCCUCCAGCACCCGGUCAGACUCUCUCUGCGCCUUUCUGUGCACGGUGCCUCCAGCACCCGGUCAGACUCUCUCUGCGCCUUUCUGUGCACGGUGCCUCCAGCACCCGGCCAGACUCUCUGUGCGCCUUUCUGUGCACGUGCCUCCAGCACCCGGUCAGACUUUCUGUGCACGGUGCCUCCAGCACCCGGUCAGACUCUCUCUGCGCCUUUCUGUGCACGGUGCCUCCAGCACCCGGUCAGACUUUCUGUGCACGGUGCCUCCAGCACCCAGUCAGACUCUCUGUGCGCCUUUCUGUGCACGGUGCCUCCAGCACCCGGUCAGACUCUGUGCGCCUUUCUGUGCACGGUGCCUCCAGCACCCGGUCAGACUCUGUGCGCCUUUCUGUGCACGGUGCCUCCAGCACCCGGUCAGACUCUUUCUGUGCACGGUGCCUCCAGCACCCGGUCAGACUCUCUCUGCGCCUUUCUGUGCACGGUGCCUCCAGCACCCGGUCAGACUCUCUCUGCGCCAGCUCGGCUCAGGCUGCAGCUUUUCCUCCAGACACCAGCAGCUAUCUCCGCCCCUGCUGUGGGAUCAGCCAAGUCCACAGCACAGACAGCGAGUCCUGCCUCCCACUCAGCACUGGGGAAGUGUCAGAGAGCAGGAGCCCCAGGGGCCCAUAG